AUCACUCUACCUGUUGAAUUUGACAUUUCAGAAAUGUAUUUGUAUUUUGUAUAAAUAUAUUUAUAAAUACGAUAGUUAAAUAGUUUUGUCAAUUAAAUAAAGGCCUUAUAAAAUAAGUUUUACAUAAAUAUGGAUAAACUGCGAAGAGUACUUAGUGGAAAUGAAUCCCCAGAUGAAGAAAGUGGGAUUAUGUCGCAGUUAGAUGACGCUUCAACACUGAGUUGGUCCACCAGAAUAAAAGGUUUUUUAAUCUGUUUUAUAAUUGGUAUAUUGCUAUCUUUCCUUGGGUCUUUUGCCUUGUUCUUAAACAGAGGAUUAACAGUUUUUGCGGUGUUUUACACACUAGGCAACGUCGUAUCUAUACUUAGUACUUGUUUCCUCAUGGGACCAUUCAAUCAGAUAAAGAAAAUGUUUGCUUCCACCAGACUUAUAGCUACGAUAAUAGUUUUAGUGUCAUUUACCAUGACAUUACUGUCGGCUCUCGUGUUUCAUAAAGCCGGACUUGCCUUGCUGUUUAUCAUAAUACAGUCACUAGCAAUGACUUGGUACUCACUGUCGUAUAUACCAUAUGCCAGAGAUGCCGUCAAAAAGACGGUAAUGACAUGCAUAGGGUAGAAUUGUGUAAAUUUAAAUUACUAUAAAAUAUGUGUCUAAAUAAUGUGUUUUAAUCCUUAUUACUUAUGUCGUGUAUCUGUCACAUUUAUAAUUGUUUGUAAAUCAUUAAUCUUGUGCAAAAAGCGACUGAUAUUUGAAAGGAAAUGAUACAUUUAUGUAAAAUAGAUAAGUAAGUAAUAAUCUUUUAAAUGAUGCAUAUUUUUUGGUAUGUUUAAAAAUUGUAAGAAUUGAGACUGAUACGUUUACAAUAGUACAUUCUCCAUUAGAAACAGGUAGGAAAUAAAAGGAGAAACUCGCAGAUAUAGAGUUGUUACCAGUCUUUUUAAAACUAUUUGUACAAGUGCCACUUGAUGUUAAUGUUGAGGUGUAUAUUUAAUGAUAAUUAUUACCAGUCUCGCCAUUAUGGCAUUUUGCCGGUUCGAGGAAAAUCCAUUUUUCGUAUUAAAUUUUCUUUAUUUGAAUUUUUAGGAAA